AUGUCUUCCCACACCACCGGGUGUUCGUACCAGGACAUAUAUCGGAUUUCUUCCUCUCCAGGAAAAAACAGCAGUCUAGAAAGAGUGCUUGGAAGAGGCAGAAGUAGAAGAGAGACGCGAUUGCUUUCUCCCGAUAACGUAUCACUACACACAGGCUCCCUCAAAGCUAAUAGACUGGUAGACAGGCAGAUAUACUCGUCUAUAAACCUAGCUCAUCGUGAAAGGCGCCCACUGAAGUCACCAUCCGAGUCUUCAGCUUGGCUACGUAAGCCAUUUGGGUCGCUCAUACCUCUUUGGAAAGCCUUAGAUAUACCGCCACUGGAACGAAACUAUGCAAGCAUUAUUCUUUCGUCUCAUUCGGAGUAUUUAGAAGUGUACACGGCGAAGCUAAAGACUCUUGUUGAGCUCCAGCGUGCCUAUGUUGAAUUAUCUCAAGACAGACAGAAGACUGUACAAUUAGUCAGGCAGAUAAUGGCUGCUGGUAAGGGAUCCAAGUCUGUUCUCAUAUGCUCCCUGACGAAGCUCAAACGGCUUACCAUUUUCAUCAGCACUCUAGUUAAUUUAGCAAGACUUAUUUGCAAGAAGCCUGUCAAUCUGCAGCCCUUUGGAAUUUCGUCUAGGUCUCCUAAGUACAAUUGGCUGCUUUACCUUAGACUAGAAGGACUUUACAGUGUCGAGAACACUGCACUCUUGUUCACUAUCUUUUGCUUUAAGCCCGGGUACACAUAUAAGGAGCAUAUUCAGUUGGUUAAAGAGUACUUCCAUGAAACAAUACACAAAGAUUCUGACGACCAAUUUGUGAUUAAAGACGACAAUCAGAUUGUUGAAAGCGUUGAAGAUGUUAGCCAAAACAUCCAGUUAUCAAACUACAGUAGCGAAGAAUUCGGCGAGGCUGCUUUAAAUUUCCUCUUAGGCCUACAGGCCGAAACACUAUUUGAGCACGACUGUCUUGCAGUCAACUGGGACAUGUUCUUGCACACAAAACAAGGAGAGUUCUACGGAAACCGCUCCUUACCAUAUACACUGCUGUCACCAGAACAGAUCUUAGAUGCCGUAAAGAGUGAAGAACAGACACUCAUAGAGUUCAGUAGCGUUCUGUCUGAUAUUCGGCUUUCAGGAUGCAAUGUGGUACUUGUUCCGGUCAUUCCUAACGACUCAAAUAUCGAGAUUUAUGUCGAUAAAUCUACUAACAUUGAAGACGAUAAUAUCCUGCUAGCUGAAGCUACUGCACGCCAGGCUAAAGUGAGUGCCCCACGCAUAAUCUCCUUAAGUGCAACAGGUCUAGAGCCGACUGCAAGACUUGCGGUCCCCCCGUGCUCCAUAAGAGAAUCAAAAGAUGUAAGUAUGGAUAAAGAUAAAGAAGAAAAUGAAGCAGCUGACCAUAUGGGGCAAACAUUUGCUGAUCAGUCAACCCUUACAACGCUAGUAACGGCUCUGGAAAUGACAGAGCGAGAAACAACUCUUACCCUAGACUCAAGCACAAAUUAA